AUGGCUGCCAGCACUCCGACGCACAGGGACCGUCCGACUCCGAUGUCCGCCAGCUCGACCCCGACCAGGCGCCCCCAGGCCUGCGAGCGCUGCUGGAAGCGAAAGCAGAAGUGCGACCGGGUGAUUCCCACCUGCUCGGCCUGCAUCGAGGCCAGCGCCCGCUGCAGUCCGCGACAGAUUCGCGUCGAGUCUGCUGAGGACAACAGCGGCUUGUCGCAUGCUGCCCUGCCUGGCUAUGUUGAAUCGCUGAAGCAGCGGAUCCACGUCUUGGAGUCGCUCCCCGACAGCCAUGGAGGCCUGGAUAGCUCGGUGCAGGCUGCCAUGGGCGAAAUUGGGUUCCUCUCGCGCAGUGCGAUGGCCGAGCCUCGCGACGGUGCAAGCGGAUUUCCUCGACAGCUUGAAUUGAGCGAGAUGCUGCAGGCAAUGCUGAGCUUGAGCGGUGGCAGUCCAUCGCAGUCUCGCAGCACCGACGACGAGGCAUCGCAGUGGAAUUUCCUCACAUUUUCAGAUCCCUUGCAGGCUCUCAGUAGGGACAGCAUGGCGCCGUUUCUGGAUCGCUUUCUGCAACAGAUCGGUAUGUUCUACCUGCACUUCGACAGCAAAGAGCUGGAGGAGCAGUACGAAGCAUUUUUCGCCGAAAGGAAUGGGCCCCCUGGUGAUGGAGUCGACUCUGCACGAAGCCAUCGCGAUUUCAGUGUCUAUCUUUCACUCGCCAUUGGCAUGCUGCUGUCUCCCCAGUCUGGCCGAGUUGACCUGCUGGCCCAGGGUCUGCACUCGGCGGCCGUCAAGCUGCUGCCCCGGAUCCUGCAGUCCGGAAACUAUCUCAGUCUGGUUCAUUGUCUGCUGCUACUUAUAGUAUACUCCAUGUUGAGCCCGAAUGGAGGGUCCUCAUGGCAUCUACUUGGAUUGGCGAUGAAGAGAUCGAUCGCCUUUGGACUGCAUAAAGACCAGGAGGGCGAUUCUCCUCUGCCGGUCGAGAUAAUCACCAAAAGGAUGUAUCUCUUCUGGACUCUAUAUAUGCUUGAUCGCACACUGUGCACCACCAUGGAGCGGCCAUUUGGCAUUCAAGAUGAGGAUAUUUCACUAUCAUUUCCACGCCAGCUAUCUAGCGACGAUGACAAGGACGCCUUUGAACUGCAUCUACUAAUGCACGCGAAGCUCACCUCCAGCAUCCGCGACAGCGACGAGCGAUGCCCGGUAUUCCACUAUAGAAAUAUCUGCUUCUGGCGAGAGGUGCCCCGGGAGCUACGCUCAUUCCUAGCCUCGAACGAGGUCGCAAGGAACCAUGUCCACCAACUCUCCUGUCGCGCAUUGAUCCAGGUCCUGCCAUUGUACAUUACGACAGGCCAUGUCCAUAGCGACGCCAUCCCCGGUUCACACCAGUUAGAAAUUGAGCACGAUGUACGGAGUAGCUGCGAGCAGAUUAUCGAGCACAUGUAUCGUAGUCUAGACCAUGCGCCGUCGAUCACUGCGUUCACGGAUGGCUACGAUGUUUUUGCGGCUGGAGUGGCCAUUAUUUGUAUUGGGAGUCUUUCUCCAUCCGCACAUACUCUGACAGACGCCGGCGUAGUUAACAAGUGCGUUGCCAUCCUCACAGCCCUGGGAGAGCGCUUCUCUGGCGUCAAGAUCUUCCGGAGGGUCUUGCUGGCGGUUUCGGACACGGCCCUGGGGAGGUCGGACGACAUCUCGCUAUUGCAGGGACUUCCUGCCGAAAUCCCACAUGGGAUUCGCCUGCUGAUCCAGGACUUUCUUCGGAAGUGGUCCGGGCCCAGUCCGACGAUUUGA